GCGGGGACGAGAGCGCGGCCGGGGCGGGCCCGGGGCUGCCUCCUGCGCCGCAGCCCUCUCCCGGCGGCCAGGAGCAGGUCAUGAGAUCCAUGCGCGUCCUCGGGCCGCUCGUCCUGCGGUGCCGCGGGGCAGCUCCGGAGCCGCUCCAGAAGGCCCCGCGCCUGCUCCGGGCCUCGGGUCAGAGGCCUCCGCCGGGCUGGAGGCCGUUCAGCGCCUCGCAGGUGUCCUGCAAGCUGCCAGGUGGCGACCCGAGAGAGAGCGGUGCUGGCAGCUGCGCUGGAGCUGUUGGGGCGGAGGAGGAGGAGGAGGAUGAUGAUGACGAAGGCGUGGAGUUCGGGACGCUGUCUAAUAAAUUCUCUUCCAGAAAGUAUUAUCACAAAACCACCUCGCGCUUCCAUAACUUAAGGCUUCAAGGAGACAGAGAGGAGGAACCGGAAAGAAAACCUCGGUACCGACCUAAGAACACACCGUACUGGUACUUCUUAAAAUGCAAGGCCCUCAUCAAAGAAGACAAGCUGGCAGAGGCUCUGGAGCUGUUUGAGGUGCAGAUGCUGAAGGAGGAGCGUGUGCAGCCAGAAGAAAGCAAUUACACAGUUCUGAUUGGUGGCUGUGGCAGAGUUGGCUACGUGAAAAAGGCUUUCAGACUCUAUAAUGAUAUGAAAAAACGAGGCUUGACUCCCACUGAGGCCACAUACACGGCCCUGUUCAAUGCCUGUGCUGAGUCGCCAUGGAAGGACUCUGGGCUGCAGAGUGCCCUCAAACUGCACCAGCAGCUGAAGAGCAAGAACGAGGAGCUGAACCUGAUCACUUACCAUGCACUGCUGAAGGUCUGCGCCCUGUGCUCGGAUCUCAGGAUGUGCUUUGAUGUACUGAAGGAAAUCGUGCACAAGGGCCAUGUUCCUACAGCUGAGACCUUCAGCUUCCUCCUCAUGGGCUGCAUAAAGGACAGAGAAAAUGGUUUCCGAUACGCCCUGCAGGUCUGGAAACAAAUGACUGCACUUGGAAUAAAAGCUAACAGCCACUCUUACAAUUUGCUGUUGCGUGCUGCCAGAGACUGUGGGAUAGGAGAUCCUGUUGUGGCCUCCAAGCUCCUGCUAAGCCCCACUGCUGAGAACUCAGCUCAGCUAAGGCUUGCACCUGGGAGACAGAGGGAAAAGGGGAAAAGUCAGAGGAGGAAGGGAGCAGAGCUUGCAGCUGCUGUCCAGGUGGAUGUGGAAGCCAUGGAAAAGCAAUUAUUUCAGGAGAGCUCGGUGCAACCUGAAGAACAGAUCUGGCCACAAACCAAAGAUGUGACUCAGGCUGGAACAGAACAGGCUGCCCUGGACUGCCCCGGUGUAGCUGACAGCAGGACUGGAGCUUUGAUGAGGACAGGCCAGAACAAGAUGGAGCAGGCAGAAGCAGACGUAAGCCAGAAGCUGCCCUUCUGCAACCUGCCCAACUUGCUGCAUCCCAGGAUGCCCAACCCAGCCAUGGUUUCUUUGGGGACAGUGGCCACACCCUCUGAUCGACUGGCUUUGAUGGGGGAUGUGGAAGGCUUCUUGAAUAAGAUGAAAGAGGACAAUGCAGAACCUAACAUCAAAACGUUUACCUUACUGGCUGAACUGGUGGAACCCCAAAGCCCCUCGGAAUCCUCGUUGCUGGCAAGCUUAGAUAAGCAUAAAGUGAAAGCAGAUGUUACCUUCUUUAAUACUUUAAUAAGGAAGAAAAGUAAACAGGGAGACCUGGAAGGAGCAAAGAGCAUGUUACCAGCUUUAGUGAAGAAGGGACUAUCUCCCAACCUCCAUACCUUCUGUAAUUUGGCCAUUGCCUGCCACCAAGAGAAGGAUGGGCUGCAAUUACUCUCAGAUUUGAAGAGCUCUGGUGUCAUGCCCAACAAACACAUCUACAGCACCCUCAUUGCUGCUGCUGUGAAGCAGCUGAAUUACAGUUACCUCACAGAGAUCCUCCGAGACAUGCAGAGAAACCAAGUGCCUCCCAAUGAAGUUAUCAUACGCCAGCUUGAGUUUGCAGCACAGUACCCUCCAAAAUUUGACAGGUACAAGUCCAAGAACCCUUACCUGGAGAAAAUUGAUGGUUUCCGGGGCUACUACUAUCAGUGGCUAAAAUUCAUGGAAGGAGAAGAGACUCCACACCCCUGGGCAAAAUACCGGACAACCCCACGGGCGGCAGGUGAGGAAGAGGCUGGGCAGAAGUAGCAGCAAGCAGGACCCGCAGGCCUGCAUCUUCCUUGUGCUGGAAGAACUUGGAACUUUCUCUCAAACUCUGCUGUAGUAAAGCUGCUUUGUCUUGUGUGAACCUAAGUUCUUGUGGUACAUAAUAAAAUAAUUGUCCUUUGAUGUGAAGCAAA